GAAGACUGGCAACGCUUUGCCAAUUUUUUUACCAGCGUCGAAGUGUGCACACACUUUUGUUUAUUUACAAAGAAGGAAGAACUAAUCAUGAAAUGGACACGGGACAGGCUUUUGUGCUAAGCUUUUUUCUCGACGAGGGAUUGGAGCCGAAUCUUCUGGCUGAAGCAUCGCAAUUGGGUAUCACCAAAAGUUUAUUGGAGCGUCGCGCAGAUGCAGCACAGCACGAAGAUGUAAAUGGAACUGACUUUGAAUGUGUUACAAAAGAUAUUCCUGUUCCGAUGCUUAGAAACCAAGAUGACCAAUUUAAGGAACAAUUUCGCAUGCAGCGCAGCACAUUUCAGGUGUUGCUGCAAGCCACAGGAAAGGCAGUAGCUGGAAGUAAUGAGCCCAUUUCCCAUGUGAGUUUGCCUGAAAAGCUUCUUUACACGCUCAGAUUGCUUAGCGGCAAAGUCUCAUUUCGUGAAGUUGGCGAAAUCUUUGCAAUACCUAAAAGUUCGGGAUAUGAAAUUUUUAAAUGGGUUGUGAGUAUUUUUAAUACGCUUUUGCCAAACUACAUAAAAUGGCCCAUAUUCACAAAUAGCACAAAUGGCAUUAGCAGUUUGCCUAACGUGGUAGGCGUUAUUGAGGAGUUUCGUAUUCCGCUUAAGUUGCCGAUACGUGUUGCCAAUACUAGUGAGCGACAAUGUCAUGCGUUAGCCUUGCAAGUAGUUUCUGAUGCGCGCAGUCGAUUUUUGGACGUGCAUAUUGAUGUACCCAAUGAUUUGCAAUGCAUAUUGAUGAAAAGUCCGCUGUUUGAGCGACUUAUUGACACAGACCAGGACCAGCCAUUAAUGUCAGAGCAACAGCAUUUGGUGGGCGAGAUGAGUUACCCUCUGCUGCUAAAUCUAAUGACACCGUUUCCGGACUACGGCGAUUUGACGCCUUGCCACAUGAGCUACAAUCUGGCCGUACAUUUAUGGAAUGCGCCUGUGGAACGUGCAUUUGCAUCACUGCUAUCACGUUUUCAACGCCUCCAGUCCUUGGACAUUACAACUCUAGAUUUGGCCUGCGUCGUAGUUUCGGCCGCUUGUAUGUUGCACAACUUUAUACUAGACUGUGGCGAGCCCCUUGAGGACAUAACUGUAGAUUUUGAAGCAAUGCCGAAAAGUCAAAUCAAUAUGGUUUUUGAGGAGAAUGGGCAGCAGUACUGGGAGCACACAUUAGCGGCAGAAAAAAAGCGAGAAUCUUUGGUGGCAGGUUUUCUACGUAGUCAAUAGAUUUAGCGAUCAUUAACAACUGACCCUAGAAUUUAUGGCUACCAACAUGUUGCCUAAUAUUGUUUAAUUUUAAGUCAACACUAUAAAAUAAUAAUAACAAUAAACCUA